AUGGAUGACGCAAACACAAGACCGUACCACCUCCCGCAGGACGCGGUUUGGUUCAUCACUGGUUGCUCGUCAGGAAUCGGCCUGGCCCUCGCUCAACUAGUUGCCAAAACUUCAAAUCGAGUUGUGGCCACUGCUCGAAACCCAGCCGCACUCGCUGGCAUCCCUGAUGGGCCCAAUGUGUUCAAACAUGCCUUAGACGUGACCUCAAUCCCCUCCAUCGAUGUGGCUCUACAAGCGGCCUUGUCCGAGUUUGGUCGUAUAGACGUCGUGGUAAACAACGCGGGCCACACGUUGGUGGGCGAUACCGAGGCCGCCGGCGACGAGGAGUCGCGUGCGCUCAUGGACAUCAACUUCUGGGGCAUGGUGGAUGUGACCAAGCGGGCCCUGGGAAUCAUGAGAGACGAUAACUCCAAGACGGGCCAGCAGGGCGGCGUGAUCCUAAACGUCAGUUCAGUGGGCGGCUGGGUCGGCUAUCCCGCAGGCGCAUUCUACCACGCGACCAAGUUCGCCAUGGAGGGCUGGACCGAAGCGGUUGCGAAGGAGCUGCCGCUCGAUUGGAAUAUUCAUCUCUGCAACAUUGAGCCUGGAGGCGUCAGCACCAACUUUGCCUCGACGUCUCUGAAGCCCAUGGCCAAGAGACACCCGGCUUACGCCGAUCAUAGCUGCCCAAGCAACGUGGUCCUGGGCUACAUGGCCGAUCCGCAAAUACAAAAGACGUGGGCCAAGCCAUCCGACAUGGCAGCGGCCAUGUACCACAUCGCGAGCCGGGGUCAGCUAAUCCCCAUUCGCGUACCCCUGGGCCCCGACUCUUACAGCAUGAUUAUCGCGGACUUGGAGAAGAACCAGAAGUUGUUCGAGGAGCUCAAGGAUCUCAGCAUGGGGGUCGGCCAGGCUGCAGUGGCUGCCUUCAUGUAA